GAGUCGCUUCAAACCUUAACUGAUGAGCUGGAGACCGAAAUCAUGCCAGCGCUGAGCUCCUUGGACCGCUUCCCUGCAGCCGCAGAUCGCUUCUGUGAGCUCUUGGACACAGUGUGGAACGAGCACUCGGCUGCCGGCCGAGCCCAACUCGAGGCCUUCGUGCAGCAGAAGUGCUUCAAAGCUGUUCAGGUCUUUGCGCGUCAAACAUUGAUGUGCCCCGAUCUGGCCUUCAACGGAAUCGCAUCCGAGAAGAUGUCAGCUUGGCUGCGCCGAUUGGUAGCAGCUUCGUGGUGUUGGUCUCCGCACCAGCGCCAGGCACUGCAAGAGAUGUCCGAGCUUGCCCAGCUCGUCUGUGGGGGCAAAGACAGCCAAGUCGACGAAGUGGACUCUGACUUUCAUCGCAGGAUUCGCAGCGUUCUCCUCGAACGAACCGUGCGUUUCGUGGUUGUGCUGGAGGGAGUUCGAAACUCUGCCAACCAGCAGAUGAUCCUCCGUACGUGCGAGGCUGUUGGCAUCCAGGAGGUGUGGCUGGUGCCCCCCCCUUCGGGUGCAAAGUACCGUGCGACCAUGGUCCGAUCCCGGCAUGCUUCGAGAGGCGCUGAAAGGUUCCUGACACUGCGGCGAUUCGCAAAUGUCGAGGAAGUUGCUGCGUGCUGCAAAGCAGAGGCUCGUGAGCUGUGGGCCUCCUACUGCCCGCCCAGGACAGAGGUUUCGGAUGCCGCUGCAGUGGCGGUGCCUUUGGUGCGGGGGUCUGUGCCAUCCCCGCUGCCUCGUCUGGCACUGGUCCUCGGCACAGAAGGAGAUGGCAUCUCGCCGGAGCUGCUAGGGAAGGCAAAUCUCGCCGUAUAUCUACCGAUGCACGGUUUUAUGCAGUCUCUAAAUGUCGCAGUGGCUUGUGGCAUGCUCCUUCAGCGACUGUUCGAUCUCUGUCCUGAAGCAAGGGGGGAUAUGCCUUCCAAUGUUCAGGAGCACCUGGCGGCCAUGUUGCACGGUCUGCGCCUCGCGAGAAAUGAUGUCGGUGACGACGAUGAGGGCAUUCCCGAGGGCCUGCUCUGA